AUGGCAGCCUACGCAAAGCUUCCACUGCUCUCGAAAGGGCCUGCGCAGCCUGAGAAACCGUCUUCUCUCAAGGUUGGCUUGUACAUGGUCGCAUGGAUCGUGUCUUCGAAUAUUACCAUUCUUUUUAAUAAAUGGCUUCUUGACACAGCUGGCUUCAAAUAUCCUAUCCUGCUAGUAACAUGGCAUCUCAUCUUCGCGACCGUCGUAACCCAAAUCCUCGCCCACACAACAUCCUACCUCGACAGCCGCCAUGACCUCCCGAACAACUGGGACUUUUUCCUCACGACCGUCCUCCCCAUCGGCAUCGUCUCAUCCGGCUCCCUCGUCGCAUCAAACUUUGUAUACCUCUACCUCUCCGUCGCAGUCAUCCAGAUGCUCAAAGCCGCGUCGCCCGUCUCCGUGCUGCUAGUCUCAUGGCUUUUCGGUGUCGUGAAUCCCACACUGGAGAAGAUUCUCAACAUCCUCGUCAUCGCUGUCGGCGUUGCGGUGGCUAGUGCAGGAACGGUCGAGUUUUCGGCUAUUGGGUUCUUCUUUCAGAUGGGCGGUCUUGCGUUUGAGGCUGUGAGGGUUGUCAUGACGCAAGUGAUGCUUAAUGGUGAGGGAUUGAAGAUGGAUGCUAUGGUUGGGCUAUACUACUAUGCGCCUGUUGUCGCUGUGUUGAACCUCCUUGUCGCGUUCGUCAUUGAAGUUCCUCACUUUGACAUGGAGGACUUCGAUCGGGUUGGGUUUCCGAUGUUGUUCUUGAACGCUGCCGUUGCGUUUACCUUGAACUUUACCAGCAUGGUUCUCAUCGGCAAAACCUCAGGCCUUGUAAUGUCCCUGUCGGGCAUCUUCAAGAACAUCCUCCUGGUGAUCUGCUCCGUCCUAAUCUGGCACGUCACCAUCACACCAAUCCAGCUCUUCGGGUACAGUGUCACGCUUUGCGCACUUGUCUACUACUCCCUCGGUCGGGACAAGUUGAGAGAGGGCUACGAGGCUUCCUUGAACUGGGUAUCUGAAGUGGCCGCCAACAAUGGCAUCUCUAUCAGAACUCGCCAGGGCGUGUGGAUUGCCUUGGGAUCUGUGGUAUUCUGCGUGACGUGUAUUACGCUUGCUAUUGGGCCCGAUUGUGACUAUGUGUUCCUCACAGGCUACGGAUCAGAAGCUCAAGGACAAUAUCUCCGGGGCAAAGUAAUCUUAUUCGUGCCCGAGAAGAAGCAUGUCCAAACUGUACAGCUCAAGUUCACAAGCCGAAUGUGGCUAGGAGACCAUGCAGCACCCACAGAAGCAACUACAAAAUGGCAACAUAAAGAACAAACCAUUCACACCUGGUCCCCCUUCCAAAUCACCAACCAGACCGGAAAGUCAGUACCAAAUGGCAGACAAUAUGACUUAUCCUUCGAGGUCUUCAUCCACGGCGAACAAGACGAAACCUUCAAAGGCUGUAAUCGCUGUAGUAUAACCUACCUCCUCGAAGCCUCAACCCAACCACAAGACGUACGCUCUUUCGCACCAAUUCGCAUGAUUCGCACACCGGCCUUCUCAUCAUACGAACUCAUGGACCCUACAUCCGUACACGGGAAGUGGUCUACGAAAGCAGAAUACAACGUCUCAGUGCGACACCGCGCUAUUGCGCUAGGUGGACUUAUUCCUAUUGAUGCUCAAGUUUGCGCGUCGAGUAAGAUUGUCAAGGCGCGGUUUUAUCUGCGGGAAGUCCAUACUGUUGAUGACGCGUAUGAAGGACAACGUGUUGUGACGGAGUGGCCGUUGGAUGUGAAGAAGGAACUUGACUUGCAGUCUUGGCAGCAGUGUCUGCAUUUACCGCUUGCUGUUAGGAGUUGUUCGCCUGAUGUUAAGAUGCAUGGUGUUGGCAUUAGUCAUACUUUGCAUUUCGAGGUCACAUUAGUCACGGAUGGUGUCACGUCAGAGGAGGAAGUUUCGAUGCCGAUCUAUCUGUUCAUCUCACCCGAGCUACCCGUGAAUGGCUGGGGCGUCUUUGUGCAUAACGAAGACAUAACAUCAAAGGAGGUAAAGGACUCAUUGGCAGAAGGUAUUCGCGUUCCGCCAAGAUAUUGCGAUGUUGAACUCAGUUUGGAAGGUUAUGGGUUACCCGUUGGUACACCACCUCCAGCAUAUAGCGAGUGUUGA